CGGCAGUUUAAUGAUAGGUGCCAUAUUCUGGACAGAGUAACACACCUUUAUUCUGUUUUUCCGGACGUUCACGCCAGUGAGUCAAUUUUAUUUCCUUACCAAAAAAAAUAAAUAAAGCGUGCAUUCAGAGACGGAUUUAAAGCAACACAACGCUUCAUCUUCCCAUAGUAAAGAUGGCCAAGCCCUGAGUAAGUAACAAGGAACUCCACUUCCGCAUUUUUCUUGUGCCCUGGUCCAAGAUGGCGGAUGAGGCCACCCGGCGGGUCGUGUCUGAGAUCCCGGUGCUGAAGACUAACGCCGGACCCCGAGAUCGAGAAUUGUGGGUGCAGCGACUAAAAGAGGAAUAUCAGUCCCUUAUCCGGUAUGUGGAGAACAACAAGAAUUCAGACAAUGAUUGGUUCCGACUGGAGUCUAACAAGGAAGGGACCCGGUGGUUUGGAAAAUGCUGGUACAUCCAUGACUUACUCAAAUAUGAGUUUGACAUCGAGUUUGAAAUUCCUAUCACGUAUCCCACUACUGCUCCAGAAAUUGCAGUCCCUGAGCUGGAUGGAAAGACAGCAAAGAUGUACAGGGGUGGCAAAAUAUGUCUGACUGAUCAUUUCAAACCUUUGUGGGCCAGGAAUGUGCCCAAGUUUGGACUAGCUCAUCUCAUGGCACUAGGGCUGGGUCCUUGGCUGGCAGUGGAAGUCCCUGAUCUGAUUCAGAAGGGUGUAAUCCAGCACAAAGAAAAAUGCAACCAAUGAAGGAUCAAGCCACUGAGGCAGGACAGAGGGAUUUUUGAUAGGCUGUAUUCCUGUUUUCUUGUGAAACGUUCUUCUUACUCAUGAUUUUUUGAUGGGUCACCUCUGGUUGUUACAAAGUAGCUGGAGUGGGGGGAAAAAACCCAAAAACCCAACAAUAGGGUAAGGUCACAAAGUUUCUAAGUUAAGCUGUACAGGGAGGUGAAAGACUUGGGCCUUGAAAUAGGCAAUUUGUAUCCCUUCUCCAAGUGGAACCCUGGAGGCAUCUUGGAGGCAUAGGCGUUAACUGACAGCUCAUAGCUUUUUUUGGUUUCUGGAAACAACCUGUCAAUAAAAGCUGCUUCCGAUGUA